AUGCAACGACGCUCGCGCGGGAUAAUCACGCCUUCAGAUUGGCCGUGGAUAGUCGCGCCCCAAGCAUUAAAGCGAGCGACGUGUAACGAACACAACAAGGAGAGAAUGAAAACGCCGAAUUCAAGGAGCACCUGUUCACUAGUUGGCCUGGUGUCAUAUCUGGAGAUGCCGCAGCAUAAAGUGGUAAAUAUGCGUCGUAAAAGGGAGAAGGGUGCUACUACGAAAGCUAAACCUUCACCGGAAAAAAAACCUGAGAAGCUUAGACGUACUAGAAGUAAGCGUAGGAAACAGUCCACUUCGGAUAAUGAUUCGGACAAUGAGAUAGUGCAAGCUCCUGAUACAGUUAGUGUGACAGAACAAAACGCCGAAGAAACUUGUAUCCAGGAAAAAAGUCCAGAAGAUUCGCAGGACCAAGUAUGGCAAGUAAAAACGGCUGAAGGAACAGGUGAUGAAGGUGAUAUAAAGAAAUUAAAAAUAUGUUUAACACGGCCACCAUUAACUCCGGAAAGUUGUGAUAAGUCUCCUAAAAGUAAGAGGCGUCAUACACGUGCAACAAGUUUAAGUGAUACUGCCAGCAUUGAGGGAUCUGAUGAAAAAAAAAAGAUCAAACACCGUUCAAAAUGGUCCAUCUCUGAAGUUAGUGAAACCUCAGAGAAAAAGUGUAGCCCACAGCCCAAUGAUUCAGAUCAAGAAACAAAUGUGCAGCCGGAAGUUACUAAUGUUAAUGUAGGUAUUAAAGCUGAUGAAGAAGAACCACCCAAGCAAAUCCAACAGUCAGAGAAAAAGGAGGUUGAAAAUGUUGCUAAUGUUGAUAAUGUUGACAAGGAGCCAAUCUUUAUUGAGUCGGAAACAAAAAUAUCAGAUGAAAGUUGCACACAAAUUGAACAGUCUACUACUGUUGAGAAUACUGUUAAAGAUGAAGAGGAUGAAACAAAUUUAUCCUCAGAAAAGGUUACUAGUCCUGAAAGAAAAAGAAGUAUGUCAAUAGACAAAUCUGAAAUCCUAGAAAUACACGCUGAGGAAAGUAAGAUUGAAAUCUCUGAACAUGGAAUUACUGAGUCUCAGAAAGAAGAUACAAUGGGAGAAGAAUCAAAUGGAGGGAUGACUCACAUAGCAGAGCAA